AGAGAAUCAUUGGCUUCUUUUUUUUUCGUUUUGGUUCAAAUAAAAAUCUAGGAAAAAUGUAACUAUCAUAUAUAGAAAGGAGCAGGGCUUCAAAGUCUUCGUCGUUCUCUUCAUUAUCUGCGUCAUUCUCCGUUUUUUCUCAGUACUCACGGAAAGUGUAGACUCUCGGCCUCUCUCUCGCUCCUCUGUGGCUUCUACAAUGGCAAAUAGGCAUACUAUUAUUUUGAUGCAGACAGCACAGAAUAGAGCAACUCGGACAUUUAUGGAUUAUGACUCUAUAAGUCAAGCUAUGGAUGGAAUUUGUGGAUUGUAUGAAAGGAAACUGAAAGAGUUGAAUCCAGCCAUGCGAAACAUCCAGUAUGAUAUUACAGAUCUCUACAAUUUUAUCGAUGGUCUUGCUGACCUCAGUGCCUUGGUCUUUGACCACUCGAUCCAGGCAUAUCUCCCAUAUGAUCGGCAGUGGAUUAAACAGCGGACAUUUCAGCAUCUCAAGAAGCUGGCAUCUCAUUAAAGACCUAAUUCGUAUCUUUUGCAACAUGUUAAUGAAGCUUAUUGCAGCAAAGUAAGAAGGAAAAGACUCAAAAAGUAAAAGUGAUAUGGAAGCUCUGUAUUUUCUGGUUGUGCAUUGUAAAUUAAGUGUUUGAAAUGUAGCUUGUGUGCUUUCAUUGUAUUCAGUGCCCAAUUAUGAAUUACUAUUGUGGAUCUGUAAUUCGUAAAUGGUUGGUGAGUAUGAGGUCCCCUUUUGCUUGAAAAUUUGAAAAGUGGCAAUGGAGAUGUGGUUAAAUGGGUUCUAUUUGGUUGCAAUGUGACUCUUUUGCUUGAAAAGUUUAAAAAAGUGGCAAUGAAGAUAUGAUUACAUGGGUUU